AGGAGGCGGAUUGUUAGCGUAGUUUAACUUAGCUUGUGACAGCUGCGUUAAUUAUAUUCUUUGACGUUUAACUCAGCAAAUAACUGAUUAUUUAUCACACAUACUUUCAUUUGUAGUGAUCAGAAUUUUGUCGCAGAAUGAAAGGUUUAUACUGUCGAGCCGGAUUGAGCGACGCAGAGCUCAAAUUUAUUAUUCAGGACGCGACUCUGUCAGAUGUGUUGGACAGCCAUCAGGUCAGAGUUCAGGUCAAGGCUUGUGGACUCAGCCCGGUUGACCUCAAGUUCCUAGGUGACCUGGGUAUCCAGAACGAUGUAAUACCUGUGGGCAGAGACGUGGCUGGGGUCGUGCUACAAGUGGGUCCCAAAGUCUCGUUUUUCCAGCCCGGGGAUGAAGUUGUAGGUAUUCUUCCUGUGGACACUCCCUGUUCUGGACUCUGCAGCGUUAUCGACAUGGAUGAACACUGUUUAGUUCAGAAAGCGGAGAAGCUCAGUUGGGUGUGUGUUGCGGGGGCGUUGCGUGACGGCGUGUGUGCUUACACGGCGCUGCACACGCUCGCUCACAUGGCGGCCGGACACACGCUCCUGGUCCUGGAUGGAGCUAGCCCCUUCGGUCUGAUGUGCAUCCAGCUGGCCUGUUACCAUGGAGUCAAGGUUCUGACCACGUCACACUCUCCACAGGAUCACACCUUCCUGGAGCAGCUUCGACCGACUGUUGGUGUUCAGGAUCCACUCAUAGCCAGGGUGAUUCCGGUCUACAGCGCACCAUUGGACCUUCUACCGGCAGUUCUGGAGGAGACAGGAGGACUCGGUGUGGAUAUAGUCAUCGACUCUGGAGUGCGUCUGCAAGAAGAGGGCGAGCCAGAGGAGAGGAAGCUCCUCCCACACAAGCAUGACAUUAUCAGCGUGCUGGGUGUGGGUGCUCAUUGGGUCACGUCCCACCAAGACCUGCAGUUGGAUCCUCCAGAUUGCAGGAUGCUGUUUUUAAAAUCCGCCACUGUGUCGUUCCUCAACGCUGAAAUUUGGCUGACGUCUUCAGCCCAGAAGGGAAGAUACCUGCAUAUUCUGAGGGACAUUGUGGAGAAGAUGUCAUCUGGAGUUCUUCGGCCACAGCCUGAGGAGGCGGUGCCUCUUUAUGAAGCUACGGUUGCCAUGGAGACCAUCCAGCGUCAGCAGAAGAGGAAGACCGUUGUUCAGCUUUGAGGGUUGCAUCAUGCAUUGUGGUCAGCCUGCGGAAAUGGCACAGACCAGCUGUCGGUUAAUGACAUUACAUGAGGAAAUGGACAUUCUCAUUGGUGUCUCCUGUGAUGUCAUCACAUCAGGGAGCCGUGACCUCAUCGUCAAGCUCCCGACGAAAAGUAAUAUUGUAAAUAUGAUGUUCCAACUUAAACAUAAGACAUUAAAGUUGAUGCAACACCAAAAUUGCUCUUGCUUACAUUUUGAACAUAGCAGGUGAGCAAAACAGUUAGCAUGUAGCUACCGACGAUGAAAGCUAAACUAACAGUUAUCUGGCACAAUUUCACCCCCCCCCACCACCAAAAACAGAAACAAACAAACAAAUAAAUACAAUUUCAUGUUUUGAAGAAGAGCAGUGGAAUCAUACUGAAAACAUUCUAGGUGCAAAAUGUUCCAAGUACAGUAAGUAUCAACUUCUUGUUUUGUGCAUAAAACCUGUUUCCAAGUUUGAUGACACCUAUAACAAAUACAUCCUGCUGCCUGUAGCAGAACAUCAUGGAGCAAGAAUAUCCAUCCAUCCAUUUUCUCUACCCGCUUACUCCAAUUAAGGGUCAUAAGGGGGUGGAGCCUAUCCCAGCAGUCACAGGUUGUGAGACGA